AUGAAGCUGCUGUUAAGCGCCACCCUCCCCAGGUUCCUCUUCCUGUUAACGUGUCUCAGUGGGUGUGGCUUGGGACGUGGCAUACACCUGGGAACCUGCUCUGUCACCGUACACACUCACGAACUACGCAAGCACUACACAGAGAUACGGAGCUCUGUGAUAGCAGCAGACAGUCAGAUGGGAGUGAGACUGCUGAGGGGAGACGUGAUGAGGAACAUACAGGAGGGGGAGUACUGCUGUUUCCUGCGUCUAUUGCUACGUUUUUAUGUGGAGAGAGUGUUUGUUAGCCACGGCUUGUCUCAGCCACAGCACCGACGCUCAACCAGCGCUCUCGCUAAUAGUUUCCUCACAAUCAACAAGGACCUGAGGCAAUGUCACUGCCACUGUGGAGAAAACACCAGGAGAAAAAUGGACUCCCUACAGGCCCAGUUUGACAAGCUGGAGAUCUACCAGGCAGCAGUAAAGGCUAUAGGAGAGCUGGACUCUCUACUGGACUGGCUGGAAGAACUCAAGCACAACUCACACACAACUCACACAGACAGAUAA